CUCCCUGCUCACCUCAGUCCUCCAUUCAGCAGAGCAAUGCUCGGACUGUAACAUCUUCUAGGUGUGUGACGAGCAGUGAGGCACCAUGUGGAUAACUCUUUUUCUCCUCACACUCGUCUUGUUAUCUACGACUCAAGCUGCUGACUUCUGUGAAGAUGUGAUCCACGAGUGCCAACACGGCAAUGUGCCCUGGACCAGGUGUUAUGAGGACAGGAUUGCAACCUGUGGAGUAAGAGGCCGUUUUGCACCAAACUUCAUUCGUCUGAUGGUGGCCUCGUCCCAAGAGGCUGAGGUGAAUCCCACCCCUCAUCACAGGGUUCACAUCCCAUCCUCAGCUCUCCAAAGAAGCAGAGGACCUGUGUCUGGCGAGGAGGUGCUGCUGGUGGCCACUGUGAUCAACAGCACGUUCUUCAAGCUGAGUCCCCCUCCGGGAAGAGGAAGGGGAAGAGCACUCAUACCAGUCCAGCCUCUCCACAGGCAAGGCACAGUUCUGGAUGAGAUUGUCCUGGCAGUGAGGGCAGGGAACAUCCCUGUUAGAAACCUCUCAAAACCAAUCAAACUAAACUUCAAACACAACACACAGGUGGGAAAUGGGACUUGUGUGUUUUGGCAGGAGUCAGAACAGGAGGAUGGAACAGGUCACUGGAGCACAGACGGCUGUGAUACCAGAGACACUGGAACUGAAUUUAUCUGCAGCUGCAACCACCUUAGCUUCUUUGCCGUGCUUGUGAACCCUGUGUUAUCAGUUGAUAGAAGUAACGCUGUGACCCUCACCUACAUCACCUACGUUGGCUCAGCUCUCUCCGUCCUCUUCACGGUCAUCAGCUUGAUCAUCUAUAUAUGUCUACAACGGCGGCGGCCAGAGAAGGCCAUUGGUGUGCACAUGCAGCUAACAGGGGCGCUGCUCUGCCUCCACCUCAGCUUCCUGCUGUGCGGCCUCUUGGUUGGGCGGCUGAAUGAGAAUGAGGAAGGCUGGGUUUGUCGGGGCCUGGGUCUCUUUUUACACUGGUCCCUGCUGGCCACCUUCACCUGGACGGCUCUGGAAGGAUUUCACCUCUACCUGCUCCUAGUCAGAGUCUUCAACAUCUACGUCAGGAGGUACCUGCUCAAACUCAGCUUGGUGGGAUGGGGUCUUCCUACAUUGACAGUGAUGGUUUGUGGGAUUGCAGGUGUUUAUGGUAAAUACAUUUUGGAGUUGAGGGAUGACAACAACCACAAUUCAACAGUGCAGAUAUGCUGGAUGAGCAGCCAGUUCCCACAAAGGCUUUCAGUCAGCUACAUCACUACCGUGGCCAUCCCGUGCCUGGUGAUACUGUGUAAUUCCUGCAUGCUGGGGCUGGUGGUGUUCAAGCUCUGGGAGCUAAGGAGAGGCAGCGGAGGCGUUGAGAGCACAGGUGGCUGGAAGACGAUAAACAAAGAGAAAGGGAGCAGGUUGUGGAAGAACAGCGCCACAGUGCUGGGCCUCAGCUGUGUGCUGGGCUUACCUUGGGGGUUAGCGAGCGCCACCUACAUCUCCCUCCCUGGGAUCUAUGUGUUCACUGUACUAAACUCCCUGCAGGGUGUAUUCAUGUUCCUGUGGUCCAUGGCUUUGACCUGCAAGUCUCGAUCUGACAACAACUCCUCCGUCAGAGACCCUUCCUCUCAGAAAAUGAUGAUGACCAGUUUCAAUAAUUGAUAUUGACAGCUAAAACAAUGUAUUAUCCAUUGCCUAUAUUAGGUGUUUACUGGACUCUGGUCAUAUGCAGUUAAAUGAUAAGUUAAUUUUCUGAUAUCAUGCACCUUCUUUAAAUAAAGAUUGUUAAGAAAAUCAAGCAUCAUAAACAGUAAGCCCUUCGAAGAACUUAUUGUUUCUGCAGAACAAUGAACGUGCUGCUGGUGCACAUGCAACCUGGAUGGAACAGUGGCAGAUGAGUGCCGUCUGCUGGCUACCCAAGGUCCAAGGUUCAGUUUCUUCAUCCAUGGAAACAUGGAAAUGACAGUGUUCUCUUCCUAAUAAACCGAUGCUGAUCGCAAAACAGUAAAAACACAGUAAAACAACAUGUCAUAAUGAAACUGCUAAAAAGAACAAUCCAAAGAACAGCAACAUAAAAACAAACAACUAAAGAUAGAAAUAAAGUCACAUCCUUGCAGAUUUCUGAUUGUAUGAGUUAGCACGCAGUGUACAUCACAGUCUGUCUACCUCAUGUCAAUCAACGCUUUGCAUAAAAAGAAAAACAACACACUUACACUACUACACAGAUUUUCAAGUUAAAGUUUUCUUCUACGAAAUGACAAAAAACCAAAAAGAAUUUUGAACCCUUGUUUUCUGUUGUAUUUUUGUGUAAAAUGUGAUAGUUACAUGGAUUAAUAAACAUAAAUGAGAUUAGCUUUGAAUG